UCAGUGGCUGCCGAGUCGUCGUCCCCUUCCCCCCUCCCCUCCUCUUUCUCCCUCCUUGCUUGCCCCACCGCAACGGCAAAGCCAAAGCCAGCCCACCAAAGCACUCGAGAGAGCCCACCCUCCCCCCUCCCCUCCCCAGCGCCACCCAGCAACCGCCUCCCCGGAGAAAGCGAAACCCAACAGCAAUACCCCCCCCUCCCCUCCCCGAUUCCGCCGCCGCCGCGAAUCCGGCCGCCUCCCCUCCCAAAACCCUAGCCAGCCCCGCCCCAGUCCCAAUCAACCGAGCCGCACGCCCCAUUGCUCCGCUCCAGUCUGCUGGUUGAUUCCCUGCGGUGCCGGAUCCACGGCCCCCUCGCUGCAAAUAAAAACUCGGAUCUUCCUCUGUUUCUGGUACCAGGUUUGACCUUGUCCCGCCCCAAGAUCGCAUCUACAGUGGGAAGAACAUCAUCGCCAGAGAUUAAAUUAACCCAGGUCGCUGUCCGGCAGCGCUGUUGGUCAACAGCUCCGUUGGUCACUGUCUCAUCGGAGACAAGGCUGCUGCUGGCCAGGCCUCCCCCCGCUUGCUAGCGGCGUGGGGUUUAUAGGCGUGCCGGUGCGAUGGCAACAGCCACAAUGGCGACGGCUGCCGGCGCCGCUGCGCUGCUCUACUACACGCUGAACCGCCGGCUUCACACGGAGAAGCUGGACAGGGAAGGGGACUCGGACGGCGAGAGUGGCAGGGAUGCGGCGGCGGGCGGCGCGCUGGAGUCCCAUAGCAUGAGCCGGGUGUCGCGGAGGGACGUGCGCGCUCCCGCCACGUGGCUGGAGACCAUCUCGACCCUGUCGGAGACGCUGCGCUUCACGUACUCUGAGACCCUUGGGAAGUGGCCCAUCGGGGACCUCGCUUUCGGAAUCAGCUUCCUCCUCAAGAGACAGGGGAACUUAUCUGUUGCAAGCAUAUAUGCUGGAGAUGAUAGUGUGGAGCUCAAAGGAGCUUCGGUAGUUACGGACUUGAGGUAUCUUUUGAAUUUGUUGACACUGUGUUGGCAUUUUUCCAAAAAGCCAUUCCCGUUAUUUUUGGAAGCUACUGGCUACUCCAUGGAGGAUGUUCUUAUGCAAGAACCUAAAGCAGGGAUUUUGAAGCCAGCUUUCACCAUUUUACUUGAUAGAGACAGACAAUGUAUACUUCUACUAAUUAGAGGCACCCACAGUAUAAGGGAUACCCUGACAGCUGCUACGGGUGCUGUGGUUCCGUUCCACCAUACAAUAGUCAAAGAAGGUGGUGUUAGUGAUCUAGUUUUAGGGUAUGCACAUUUUGGGAUGGUUGCAGCGGCUAGAUGGAUUGCAAAGCUCGCAACUCCUUGUCUCACAGAAGCAUUACAUUUGUAUCCAGAUUAUAAAAUAAAGGUUGUUGGACAUUCACUUGGAGGUGGUACAGCAGCUCUCUUGACAUACGUCCUGAGGGAACAGCAGGAGUUUGCCUCCGCUACUUGCGUGUCAUUUGCUCCAGCUGCUUGUAUGACAUGGGAGCUGGCUGAGUCAGGAGUACAUUUUAUCACUACAGUCAUCAAUGGUGCUGAUUUGGUGCCAACAUUUUCGGCGGCGGCAGUAGAUGAUCUUCGUUCAGAGGUGACGGCAUCUGCCUGGCUGAAUGAUCUCCGUCACCAAAUCGAGCAAACCAGAAUCCUGAGCACUUUCUAUCGAUCUGCAUCUGCCUUGGGAUCACGACUUCCUUCUAUAGCAAAUGCUAAAGCUAGAGUAGCUGGUGCUGGUGCCAUCCUAAGACCUGUAUCUAAUGGAACACAGGUUGUAAUGAGGAGAGCUCGCAGUGUAGCACAAGCAGCAUGGACAAGACCGGGGCUACAACUAUCCUCAUGGGCUUGUAUUGGGCCAAGGCGGCGGAAUACUACCUCAAUUGUCACAUCAGAAGAAAUAACAACUUCCACUACCAACGGUGGCUCUGAAUCCAGUUCACUAUUGACUGAGACCAUGAUGGAAACCACAGAGAUAGUUACAUCUGAAACCACGCAGUAUGCUGCAUCAGAAGAGGUCCAGAGCACCAUCUCGGCAUCCGAUGCUGUUGGUACCUUGGAUGACAAGGUAGACAGUGACGGUGAAGACAUCAUCGAUCAUCACGUGGAUGAGGACAGGAUCACCGAAGUAGAGCUGUGGCAACAACUCGAAAACGAGCUGUACCGGAAAAGGGAAGGGGAGAACGACAUAGUGGAAGAGAUGACUGAAAGUAACAUUGCCGAGGAAGUUGGCGGCAGAGCUCAAGAUGUCCUCAGUGAACCCAAUGAGAAGGAGGUCCACAGAUUCUACCCACCCGGGAAAAUCAUGCACGUAAUAACAUCCACAAGAGAAGCAGCCAUAGACGACGACGAGACCAGCGAACAUGAGGAUGAAGAGCCAGACCUUCACCAAGUUGAUGCUGCCGGGGAGUCGGAGACAAGCAUAGGGAUCUUCUUGACGCCAAGAUCUCUGUAUGGCAAGCUGAGGCUGUCGAAGAUGAUGAUCAACGAUCAUUACAUGCCGAUGUACAGAAGAAACAUCGAGCAGUUGGUUGCGGAGCUUGAGAAGGACCUGGCUCUGUAGGUGGUAGCCCUGACAACAAUACAAUACAGCUUGCUGGUCCAAACCAGAUACUCACAGUUAGCUUCAACUGUUGUAAAAGCUGAUGGCAUACAUAGGGUGUUAGUUCCAUAAAGUGUACCUAACAUUACUGGAACUAUAUAACAACGCUUGUCACAACUUUUCUCAGAUAUGAUAUCUGGCACAACUCUUCUCACA